AUAUACUUCCGGUGCACCGGUCGAGUUAUGCCCCUUUCAUCGUGGCAACUGGUAAACAACGCUCGAAACUCGGACAUCAAGUGAUGUGAAUGCAAUAUGAACAGAGGCAUCUCCAUUGCAUGAUUGAUAAAGGAGACUCCAAAAACAUUCACACAUGGAAUCAAAGAAGGGCAAAGUCAAACCUUCAAAGGACAUGGAAGAUUACUCAAAGAAAAUCAAAAUGAAGAAGAAAAAAAGUAAAGUAACUGGAAACCAUGAUGAGAUGCCAGAUUUUCGAAUGUUUGACCAAACCAUGAAGGAGGCUCAGAUGAGUCCUGACUUUAAGCCUGAGAAACAGAGAAUUGACAUGGUUCUGAUCCACCAAAGAGAUGACAAGAGUGAUCAAGCCUCCAAAGAGAUCCGCAAAUGCUUUGAAGACAAGCUCAGGAGGAGAUAUAACUUUGUGAUUAAGAAAGAAACAAUUGGGGAUUUGGACUACAAGCUCCUCCAUUGUCCGUUUAGAAGUCUCUGUGAAAUGGCUCAAUUUGUCAAUCUGGAAAUACCCCUAGAUGAGCCACCAGAUGAAAAAUCUAAAAAUGGUGAUGAUGACAGCUGUUUUGCAAAGCUGAGUAAAUUUUUCUUUGAUGAUGAAACAGAGGAUGAUUACACGUGCCUGUUUGAUAUGGACAGAUUAGUUUUGUACAAAAACUACAACAACCCCACCAAGUUCUUCCGCCCUGCCACCCGUUCAUUUCUGGUGCACAAAAUCCUGAUCAAUACGGACAUCUCAAAGGACCUGAAAGAAUAUGGUGUGUUUGAUUCAUUGGAGGAGGAAGAUAAUUGCUGUUCCUGUGGCCGUGCUAAAACCAUGAGGGAGUUGAGGCAAGCUGAAAGUGAUCAGGAACUUCAGAAAAUCAAUCUUCCAUUUUUAAUCAUGAAGAAAGUAUACAAGGAGUCUGUAGUGCUGCAUGAAGCGUCAGAUGUUGGCAAAAUCAAUGAUGAAGACUCAGCAGAUGAGGAAGAGGAGGACCCCAAAGAGUUGGAGCUAAAGGCAGAUGACCCCCGGGCAAAGCUCAACCGCUCUUGGACCAAACUGUUCAAGUUUCAGCCAUUAUGGAGGAUAAGGAACUACUUUGGGGAGAAGAUUGCUCUGUACUUUGCUUGGUCCGGACACUUGAUAACGUCUCUCUGGCUCCCUAUGCUGUUUGGGUUGGCCAUCUUUAUUUAUGGACUUUUCAAAAGCAUUACAACUAGAAUUCAGUAUGAAGAGAAAAUCCUGAAUGCUACUAGUCUGUUGGACACCAUUAAGCAGUCCUUUGAUAAUGAAGUGACUCCAUAUUUUGCCAUGGUCAUUUGUAUUUGGGGUACAAUAUUUUUGGAGUUUUGGAAGAGAACAGAGAGCAGGUGGGCUUUUCUGUGGGAUGUGACGGAUUACGAGGUCAAUGAACCCGACAGACCAGAGUUCUAUGGCAGGGCAACAGAAAACGACCCUGUAGAUGGCUUCAAGAUCCUAACGUACCCGAUGAGGUACCAGUUCAUGAAGUACCUGACCUCUGUGGUCACCCUCCUGUUCAUGGUACUGGUGGUGAUUGCGAGUGUGACCGGGGUCAUCAUCUACCGCGUCCUUGUGACGGUCGACUACUGUGGCUCUGCCAGUCCUGAGCUCUGCCUGAUCACCACCACUGUGGUUCCCUCCAUUCUCAACGCCUUCUCCAUCUUUGUGCUGGGCAGGUUUUAUGACUUUCUGGCCGUCAAAUUAACUGACUGGGAAAAUCACAGGACUCAAACUAAAUAUGAUGAUUCCUUGAUUAUAAAACUGUUUGCCUUCCAAUUUGUGAAUAACUACUCUUCCUGUUUUUACAUUGCAUUUUUCCGAGGGCGUUUUGAUGAAGACGGAAUAGUUGGCCACGGAUCUGAAUACCGAGACCGCUGUGAGGGAACCUGCAUGUCUCAGCUUUCCUUCCAAGUUCUUAUAUUGAUGAUCUCCAAGCCCCUCCCAAAGUUAUGUACAGAUGCCAUACUGCCUUUUUUGAAGAAAAAGUGGAGGCACCGUCCAUCUUGGUGCUGUUUUGGAGGAAAGAAGCCGGAGAAGAGCAAGAGGGAGGAGACGUUUCUGGAGAAGCAUGUGAAGAAGGAGAACCUAGGAGACUUCACUCUGAGUGAAUACACAGAGAAAGUCAUCAUCUUCGGCUUCCUUAUGCUUUUUGCUGCCUCUUUCCCAUUGGCUCCUUUAAUGGCCCUCAUUACCACAGCGUUAGACAUCAGGAUUGAUGCCUGGCGUCUGCUCUGGAUUUAUAAACGGCCCGUUGCACACAUGGCUCAAGACAUAGGAACCUGGUAUACCAUCCUUACAUUUAUGAACUUCUGUGGGGUGGUAUCCAAUGCCUUCCUGGUGGCCUUCACCUCGACUUGGGGAAAUUCAUUCAACUCAACAGAACAAGUCUGGAUUGUUGUCGGGUUUGAGCACAUCGCCUUAAUCAUUAUGUUUAUAUUUGCCUACAUUGUUCCCGAUACACCAGCAGAUGUUGCCCUAAAGAAACGCAAGAAAAUGCGUCUACAGAAUAGAGAUAAAAAAUAUAAAAUGGGAGAAGCAAUAGACAAGUUCCAAAGGACCCUGGAGGAGGAGCAUCACAGAGAUUACAGAUACGUGGACCAGGACUGGGGCGAGGUACCCAGACAGGACCCUCACCGACGGGUCACUUACAGGACCACCCCCUCUGCAACUACAGCCACAGACAUUAUCCUGGAUAGACCGAGGGAGGUGACUUAUUAUGAGUACCAAGAUGAAGGAUACGACAAUGCAGCCUACGACAGAGAAUAUGAACCCCAGGAGUACAUAAUUACCUCCCCUGUGAGGAAGUUGAAAAAGAGAAAGAAGAAGAGGACACGGCACAAUUCGGUGGAAGAUAUUCCAGACCACAGGGAGACCAGGGUGUAUGACGAGAAUUUCCCGAUUGGCAGCUCAGCAAAGGUCGUCCUCAGGGACAGAUCAGAAAUAGAUGUCUAAAUAGAAACCAUCCAAAACACCAGCAUUUGAAGGAUAUUUUUACUUAGCUAAUCUACAUGUAUUUCUCUAUACUUGACUUUGUAAAACUUCCAUUUUUCUAUACAUGUGUUUUGUGACAUAUUUUUAUAUUCUAUUUAUAAUAUUAUUUUCAGUUUAAUUAUUAUAGAUGUACCUUAAUUGGAAAGCAUUUUUACUUUUAUAUUUUUUUUAUUAUAUUAUUUUACAACUAAAGAAUUCAUAUUCUCAAUUUUGUUAUAUUUUCAUGAUCCGUCCAAUGUUAGGUUUUUAGCAGUUAAUUUUUAAUUGAUUUUUUUAUUUUCAAACGAUCGCCAGUAAGGUGCAAGGUGAAUCUGGUUGUGUUGUGAAUAUUAUUGAUAUUAUAUACCAUAAACGAUGUUUAAAUUCAAUACCAAAGUACUCAGUUUGCUUCCAUUUCGUAUAUAGAUGAUUAUUCAAUAAUUUAAGUAGUUUGUAAUAUUAUUUAACAUAUGGAUAAGAAAAAAUUAGGGGUAAAUUUUUUACUGUUUAGAGAUGGAUAAAGGUAUCAUUGUUAAAGAAUAACAGAUUCUGAAAUGCCCCCCCCCUCUCUCUCUCUCUCUGUCUCUCUCUCUCUCUCUCUCUCUCUCUCUCUCUCUCUCAGAAUAUUGUUUAAUUAGAUACAUUUCAAAUCAGCCUUCUGUAAAAAAAAUUUCUAUUCUGAAAACCACAAAAACGAUUCCAACAUCAAAGUUAAUUUACAUAUCUUUUCAGAAAAAUGCAGUUAUAUCAAUUAAUCUUAUCCUAAUUAAUCACUUGACCCCAUUUAUAGCAAGUUUAUAAUCAUAGAGUGCCUUAGGGUAAAGAGUGUGCUGUGACCUUGAACCUAAAUGUAGUCUUUCUAUCUGAGGUCAGGGUCAAGGCCACUCUCUGUAGUACAUAUGUAAUCCUUAUAGGGAGAUUAUUGUUGCUCCCCUUUUUCUGUUAAGGUCAAGGCACAUUAUCCUUUUUUAUAAAAUCCCAAUGUUUUAUAAUAUUAUGUGGAAAAUGGUUUUAUAAACAUGUACAGGUUUUCCAAGGUAUUUGUUGUGAACUGUCUCAUCAUCCUAUUUAUAUCUAAUAUUCUGAUUAGUGGUGCUUGUAUGUACAUUGUUUGUGAUGUUAUGUACAUUUCAUGAAUUGUCUACAAUAACAGACUUGUUUUAUAGCAUAAUUAAUAUGCAUAUGUUUAUACUCAAUUGAUCAUACAAUGUAUGGACCAAAGGAAGAUUUAGCAAAUAAGACACUGGUCUUCAGAAUUCAAACUCUUCUUGUCUUUCCUUAGAAAAAUGCAUUUUACUUUGUGCUUUUUCAAUUUUUUCAGUAUCCUUUAUAUAUGUUUUAAUGUGUAUAUAAAAUUUUAGGUUGUAUUUUUGUUGUAUAAAUUUUAAUUGGGGGAUUAUUAGAUUGUAAUUCUUUAUAAUAAAAAUAUAUAGCAACAGUUUUAGUACCUACACUACGAUAACCUAAAUAGAUUAUUGUUUAAUUUUUUAUAGAAAUAUAUUUAAACAGAUUUAUUAUGAACACUGAAUUAUUUUUGUAGAGUUGUAGGUUAACAAGCUUUAGACCUUUCAAGAAUACUCAGAAUGUUUUGAUCCUUGCUUGUAGACCCUUACUAGUGUACACCUAGUCAAGAGUAGUUUGAACUACCUUUACAUAUAGUAGAUAACCCUUCUGAUAUCUUACAAAUUCAAAUCGUAAGUACAUGUACAAUUCACAAAUAAUAAGUGGUCACAGGUUUGAAAAGAUUUGCAAGCUUAUUUGUUCAAUAGAUGCAUUCAGCCUUUGUUGAGAUCACAGCAAUUCCAUGGCAAUUUUAAAUGUUUCAAAUUUAAUUAUUCUUUUUUAAGAUGAAUAUUUAUCAUAUGAUUAUUUAUAGUUUUUAUAAUUGUUAAUUUUUUAAGAAUGUUCGAUCACUUUAUAGUUGUUCAAUUUAUAUCUAAUAAAAAGAUUCUCUGUAUUA